AAAAUGAAAAUUUUAUGGAGUUACUCGUCGACUAAGUGGGUUUGGAUCGUUGCAACGGCACCACUGAUUCUUGGAGCUGCUUUUGGUGUCAUCAAACACAUAUUUAUGCAAAAACAGACUUGGCGGGAACUGGUGAAGCCGAGAGCGGACUGGGGUCCAUCUGACCAUGUAAUCCGACAGUUAAGGAAGCAAUUUGAGGCUAGAGAAUAUGUGGGGUCGCAGGCGUCCCGGUAUUUGAGCCGUCAUUUGCUGGAGAAAGCGCACACUAAAACUUAUCGUUUGGAUGUCAAAUAUGCGACGGAAACCGAAAGACCCUCCGCCGCAGCAGAACCGCAGGUGGAAGACAAACGAGACAGAGAAACAGAUUGAAACAAAAAAAGA